GGUGCGUUAUGAAUGAAUGACAAUGAAUUAAAUUUCAUAGUAUUUAUGGUCAUUUCUUCAUGGAAAAAAAUGGAGAAAUUAUAUAUUACAAAUACACUAAGUAUUGACCACUCACUGAUCAAAGCCACCGGCUUGAAUUCAACCGACCACUCCCACUUCUUUCUCCUUCCUUUCUAUAUAUAAUCAUCUUCCUUUCUCUACAACAACAACAACAACAAACCCCUUUCAAAAAUGGAGAAAGCUCUCAACAGACAGAAAAUUCUACUCCAUCAUUUGAAACCCACUUCUUCUUUCUCCUUUUCCUCUCAAACCCAUCAUCAAUCUUCUGCUCUUUCUGCUUCUGUAUGUGCAGCUGGUGAUAGUGCGGCUUACCAUAGGGCACCUGCCUUUGGAGACGAUAUAGUCAUUGUCGCGGCUUAUCGAACUCCGAUUUGUAAAGCUAAGCGAGGAGGGUUUAAGAAUACUCCAGCUGAUGAUUUACUUGCAGUUGUUUUAAAGGCUGUGGUAGAGAAAACAAAUCUGGACCCAAGUGAAGUAGGGGAUAUAGUUGUUGGAACUGUUUUGCCACCUGGUUCACAAAGAGCAACUGAGUGUAGAAUGGCAGCAAUCUAUGCUGGUUUUCCUGAUACGGUGCCAAUCAGAACUGUUAACAGGCAAUGUUCAUCUGGUCUCCAAGCAGUUGCUGAUGUUGCUGCUUCAAUAAAAUCAGGAUAUUAUGACAUUGGCAUUGGAGCUGGAUUAGAGUGUAUGACAGUAGACAAUAUUACCAGAGUCAGGAACAUGAACCCAAGACAGGUAGACAACUUUGCACAAGCCCGAGAUUGUCUUCUCCCGAUGGGUAUUACUUCAGAAAAUGUUGCAGAGCGGUAUGGGAUCACUAGGCAGGAGCAAGACCAGGCUGCUGUUAAUUCUCAUAGGCGCGCUGCAGCAGCAACUGCAUCGGGUAAAUUCAAAGAUGAAAUCAUACCAGUUUCUACCAAGAUUGUAGACCCGAAAACCGGACAGGAGAAGAGAGUAACAAUUUCCGUGGAUGAUGGAAUCCGGCCAAAUACAGAUUUGAGCACUUUGGCAAAGCUGAAGCCUGCCUUCAAGAAUGAUGGGUCCACAACUGCAGGGAAUUCAAGCCAGGUGAGUGAUGGUGCUGGAGCAGUUCUCCUGAUGAAGAGAAGCUUAGCUAUGCAGAAGGGGCUUCCAAUUCUUGGGGUCUUUAGGAGUUUUUCUGCUGUUGGUGUGGAUCCUGCUGUUAUGGGCAUUGGUCCAUCAGUUGCAAUCCCAGCUGCAGUGAAGUCUGCUGGUCUUGAACUCGAUAACAUCGAUUUAUUCGAAAUUAAUGAGGCAUUUGCAUCUCAAUAUGUAUACUGCAUUAAGAAACUCGAGCUUGAUCCCGAGAAAGUGAAUGUCAAUGGAGGCGCCAUUGCCUUUGGCCAUCCUUUAGGCGCUACAGGUGCCCGCUGCGUUGCAACUUUGCUUAAUGAGAUGAAGCGCCGAGGGAAGGACUGUCGUUUUGGUGUUGUUUCCAUGUGUAUAGGUCUGUCUUUUCUCAUCAAAAACUACAUGAAAACAAAAGAAAGAAAGAAAAACUUAAAAUGUAAUUUUAGAACAAGUUUUAUAGUGUUUAGUGUGAUGAGUAUUGAAAAUAUUUGUGUGUGUGAUUUGUUGCAGGGACUGGCAUGGGAGCUGCGGCUGUGUUGGAAAGAGGAGACUCAGUUGAUGAGCUAUGCAAUGCUAGAGCAGCUCAUAGUUGAAUAUGGAUUCAUUUUGUUAUGGUGGUGUCUUACUAUAAUAUUGUUCCUAAUAUUUAUCAGAGUGAACAAAUAAUCUCACAUAUCUAUUUUUUAUGUUUUUAGAAAUAGAAAAAACUGUUUUUUCUGUUACUUUGCCAAAGAUGUGGUUAAAGUUUUUUGCUCAUAGUACCAAUUUAAUAUUAAUGAAUGAUGAUAUUCCUAGAUGGAAGAUGGGUUAUAUUUACUCCCAAAAA